GCCAGAUAGCACUUGUCCACUCCCAUCCCCAUCACGAUACUCACACGAAACCCAACAGGCAGCUGGACCAGCAGCCAUGAGCCCCGCUGCUGAAGUCCUCCAGCGCCUCGAGGGGUUCCCACAGGACCUGUCAGACUUCGUGCUCCCCGAGCUGAGCGGGCGUGACGUUGACGAGCUCGUCGUUUCCCUCGACAGCCUUGCCCGGGUCAAUGACACACCCGAGGCGCGCAAUGCUAUCGUGCAAGUUUCUACGCGGCUGCCGCCACACAAGCUGCUCGAGGAGCUCGAGAUUGCGUGGAUGCGUGAUCCUGGGCCAGCGCUCGCUCCCGUCGUCGCCGAGCUCGCGCGCAGCCUCAGCACUGGCACAUACGAUGUGCAUGCCUGGAUCAAGGCCGCCGCGAAUGCCAACACUGAUCGCGCACGCGAGGUCGUUGGCUCGUGGGGCGCAGCCAACUUUGACACCUUCCUCAAGGUGUGCAAAGAUCUGUACUCUGACCCAUCAGUUCGCCUCGGCAUCCUCAACAUCGUCCAGUACAUCAUGCUGAGCGUGCCGUACACACCAGACACGCCGACGGCAUCUACACCCAUGGCGCAGCUGGCAAGUCACGACUUCUUCCCCAUCAUGCUCAAGAGCUUGCUUCUCGACACGAGCAACCACCUCUUUGGCUUGGGCCUGUCAGCCCUCGUCAUCAUGCUCCCCUUCUCCCUCCUCCAACUCCGACGGUACAUCCCGCUGCUGAUGGUUGUGCUUGGCCGCGCAAUGUGCUGGCGCGACCGCCCCUUCUACGACGCCGGGAAGCAGCAGACCGUUGGAGUGACGACUACACCGCCACCAGCGGCAUCGAUGGAUUGGACCCUCUCGACCACUGAGUACGAGAAGCUUGCAGUGCCAACGCCCACCGAGAAGCGUGUCGUGCAGCUGCUCCUUGUUGGACUGUACGGCGCGUGGCCGUCCAAUAUCAUCGCGUUUAUGCGCGACCAGCCUGCCUACUUUGCCGUCAAGCAGGUAGCGCCAAUCUACUCUGUACCGUGGGAAGAAGUGUGGGAGCCGGGGCAGCUGCAGGCACGCUGCGUGCCCCUCAUCAGCGAUUUCAUGCUGCACCACAGCGUUAUCACGCACACGUCAUCACAGGAGAUGGCGGACGAGAAACGGUGGGAGCGGUACGACCCCUCGGAAUUCAUCUCAAUGGCACACCUGAUGGCGGGAGGCAGCGAGGACGCCGAUGCCAUGUUCGAGUUCUUCCGCCUGCCGAAAGUCGACCUCGAUCCUCUCGAACACGGGGCGAGAGAGGCCGAGCCGACCGUCGCGGGCAGCAGCUCGGACACGAACGACAUCCGCCGGCUCAAGGUCGAGAACGAGCUGCUCCGCCUCGAGAGCCUGUACAACGACCGGCUGCGGCGGCAGUUUGUGCACCACAUCGGGCGCCUGCACCGCAACUCGCUGCGGUUCAAUUCCGACGAGGCCGAGAUCCACAACUUUGUCAACCGGCUGAAAGAGCAGGCGAAGACGAUCGCGACGCUUACGCACGACCUGACGACGCAGCGCGCCGAAGCGACACAGGCGCAGCAAAAGCACGUCAAGUGGCAGGAGCAGCUGCGCGACAAGGUGUCAGGGUUCCGCGAAGAGCGCAGAAACUGGAUGACCGAGGCGACGGCGCUGCGCACCGAGCUGGCCGAGGCGCAGGUCGCGGCCAAGGAGAUGCGCGACGAGCUCGGCACCGUCAAGAACGAGCGCUUCAAUCUCCAGGCGCAGCUGCUCGAGCUCGCCCCAAAGGUCCGGCACAUCGAGGACUACGAGACGCGCAUGAAGCAGCUCACGGACGCGCAGCUGCUGUGGGACCAGGAUGUCGCUGCGCUGCGCGAGGCGCGUGCGGCCGCGAUUGCGAGCCAGGCGCGCUGUGCCGAGCUCGAGGCGAUGCUGCGGGCGCGCGAGAAGAUUUGCCGCGAGCAGAGCGAUACGAUACGACGCCUGGAGACCCGCGUCGCUAUCGCGCCCAGUGUCCCCGUGACGCCUUCGGAAGACGACAAGCCGCGCGAGAUCCCUGACCCGACGUUCCACAUCAACGUCGCGGAGAAUGUGCGCAAGCGCGCCGAGCGGCUGGAGCGCGACAAUCUCGAACUCACCGUCGAGGUCGAGCGGCUGCGCCGCAUGACGAUCAAGGAUGCGACAGGGACGGGCGGCGGCGCCGCGAGCCUGUUGUACGGCGGCGCAUAGUGGUAGUGGUAGUGUAUACAUUGUAUCAUGGAGCAUUCUACGGCCUGACUCAG